AUGAUCUCGGCUACCGUCGCAAACGUCAGGGCCCCGGCCCCCGCCGCCAAGGUCGCGGGCUCGCGCCGCGCCGUGGUUUCGCGCGCGUCCAAGUCCCAGGCCGGCCGCUGGCGCGGCAUGGACGCCGACCAGGACAUGUCGGACGACCAGCAGGACAUUGCGCGCGGCCGCGACAUGACGCCGUCCCUCUACCAGGGCCAGUACGGGCAGAGCGGGACGCACAACGCGAUCCUGUCGUCCUCGGACUACGUCAGCCAGGCGCAGCGCAACUACGACAACGUCAUGGACACGUUUUACAUUUCGCCCGCCUUCCUGGACAAGCUGACGGUGCACAUUGCCAAGAACUUCAUGGACCUCCCGAAGAUCAAGGUGCCGCUCAUCCUGGGCAUCUGGGGCGGCAAGGGCAACGGGAAGACCUUCCAGACGGAGCUGGCGUACAAGAAGCUCGGCAUCGCGCCGAUCGUCAUGUCGGCCGGUGAGCUCGAGUCGGGCAACGCCGGCGAGCCGGCCAAGCUGGUCCGCCAGCGGUACCGCGAGGCGUCGGACAUCAUCAAGAAGGGCAAGCUGUGCUCGCUGUUCAUCAACGACCUCGACGCCGGCGCGGGCCGCAUGGGCGACACGACGCAGUACACGGUCAACAACCAGAUGGUGAACGCCACGCUGAUGAACAUCGCCGACAACCCGACGAACGUGCAGCUCCCGGGCGUGUACAACAAGGAGGAGAUCCCGCGCGUGCCCAUCGUGUGCACGGGCAACGACUUCUCGACGCUGUACGCCCCGCUCAUCCGCGACGGGCGCAUGGAGAAGUACUACUGGAACCCUACGCGCGAGGACCGCAUCGGGAUCUGCAUGGGCAUCUUCAGCGAGGACAACUGCUCGCAGAGCGACAUCGAGCAGCUCGUCGACGCGUUCCCGAACCAGUCGAUCGACUUCUUCGGCGCCCUGCGCGCCCGUAUCUAUGACGACAAGGUCCGCGACUUCCUCUCGUCGACCGGCCUCUCGGACCUCGGCAAGGAGCUCGUGAACCGCCGCGACGGCAAGAAGAUCACGCUCGAGAAGCCGCUCGUGAACAAGAACGUCCUCCUCGCCUACGGCAACGAGAUCCAGCAGGAGCAGGACAACAUCUCGCGCGUGCAGCUCGCCGACUCGUACCUCAAGGGCGCCGCGCUCGCCGGCUCCUCGGGCUCCUCGCUCCCGGAGGCCGCGCGCUCCAGCGGCGUCGCCCCGUCGUACCAGAAGUCGUCGACCCCGGCCUCGACGCCCGCGUCGACCCCGGCGUCGUCCUACACGCCGCCGCCCGCGCCCAAGCAGUCGGCGCCGGCCUCGACCCCGGCGUCCUCGGGCUCGUCGGGCUCGUCGGUGCCCGCCGCGGCCGGCUCCUCGGGCUCCUCGAGCUCCUCUGGCUCGGACAAGAAGGACUCGGCCUGGUACUCGUGGUAA